UUCUCCUUUCUCUUGAGUUUUUAGGUUCGAGAUCGAGAGAGCGAGAGAGAGAGAGAAUGGUUCAGCGACUCACUUACCGAAAGAGGCACAGCUAUGCCACGAAGUCCAAUCAGACACGUGUCGUCAAAACCCCCGGUGGGAAGCUUACCUACCAGACUGCCAAGAAGAGGGCGAAAGGACCAAGGUGCCCUGUGACUGGAAAGAGAAUCCAAGGGAUUCCUCACUUGAGACCUACUGAGUACAAGAGGUCUAGGCUUGCGAGGAACAGGAGAACUGUGAAUCGUGCUUAUGGCGGUGUUCUCUCUGGCAGCGCCGUGAAGGAGAGAAUCAUUCGGGCCUUUUUGGUAGAAGAGCAGAAGAUUGUGAAGAAAGUUUUGAAGAUUCAGAAGGCCAAGGAAAAGCAAGCCGGCAAGAGUUAAAUGAGUAAUUAAGAAGGAAUUUUGACUUUCAUUAUGAUAUGUAUGAGUGGCUAUCAAGCAGUUGCCAUUUCUCUUUAGAUAAUGUUUCAUUAGUUACUAUGAACCAAUAUCUCUUUAAGAAGUUGCGACUUUUUUUUGUUUAAGUAUUUCUGCUUGGCCGUUCAUUACUUGUAUUUUGCUUGGAUGCGUACUUGGAUCGAUUCAGAAAUCUAUUUGGUUGAUCUUUACCUCAUUUUA